ACCAUAGAACUGAAACGUUACCGAACGAGACAGUGAACUGCCCUGAUGGUUGCUGUACGGUGGCACCUCUUUCAGUAGUUAGCUAUUUCCACAAGUUCGUACGCAUCUGAAUACUCCCAUAGAGCAUCCACGGUACGAUUUACCAAUAAUAUAAUUGUCCCCUCGGUGUUGGCACAGUUCAACGGAUUGGUAGAUCAAGGAUUAUGAUGGAAAACUCCCCUUCCCCGCUACCCGAGAGAGCCAUUUACGGAUUUGUCCUCUUCCUCGGUUCUCAGUUUGGUUUUUUCUUGUAUUUAGUGUGGGCAUAUGUUCCAGAAUCUUGGCUGCAUUCAAUUGGGCUGACCUACUGGCCUCAAAAGUACUGGGCACUUGCUGUGCCGAUCUAUCUCCUGGUAGCCAUAACCAUGUGCUUCAUCCUUCUAUUCGGUGUGAAUAUGAUGAACACCGCUCCCCUCUGCUCUGUGGACACAGUUACAGAUGGUUAUGCCCGAAGCCAGCAGGCGGAAAACUCUCAAAAGGAGGCGAUACCCAGGUUAAAAGACAUCUCCAUUAGUGAAGUGAACAGAAUUUUUUAUCUCUCACCUCAAGAAUAUCAUUAAACAAAAAAGUUAAUGCAGUGGACUUUUCUCAACCCAAUAUUGAAUGCCAAAUCAUGAUUGUCGGCCUCUGCUGCUGUCUUCUUUGCCAGUUAGGGCAGCUAGUGGAUCUUCUGAAAUGUGUGUAGCCAGUCAAUCACUUCCUUUUGCUCUACAAUCCAUAACUUGCCAAGACUUACAAGCAAAACUUGUGCUGGUGGAUCCUAGGCACCCAUUUGACCAGAGGAGCUACUGUUGAGCGAUUAUCCUGGGAAUUUCCUACCAACUGAGAUUCUGGGUGACAAUAUGGCAUUUAUACAAGUAGCUGCACUGGCAUGAUGAGUGGAAAGAAAGAAAGGAAGGAAAGAAAGGAGAAACGGGGGGGGGGGGGGGGGGGGGGAUCCUUGAUGGUUCUGAUUUUAAAAAAUGUUUCUACCCCAUUUUCCUCAUCAAUGUGUGAUGCCCACUCAUAUUUCAGCUCUUAUAGCCACAACCUCUCCUGUUCUGUUGAUUCAGGAGACCGCAGAUAAGCAUGUGCUUAAGUCAAGCUUGCACUCACAUGAGUCAGAGGAAAACUCUUAAUGUACAGCUGGGUACUCGAUCAACAAGUGUUGCAUGUUAGCGAUGAGACUCUGUCAUCUCAGCCAACUGAAACCCAUCCAUGCUUGGGUGACACUAGCCAAUCGUGUGUUGUAGACCGGAGUUGACACUGGUGCAGUUCAGUGCCAGUCCAGACCAUGGGGUCGACUGAUGCCUUAGAACAGGAUGCCACCCAGCAGCCCUGAAUGCGCAUAUUCCAUAAAUAUUGCUAUGAAAUAUGAAUAUUAGUGAGAAACCAGAGAACAAGUUAACACCGGUGUUAUGUUAAGAGUAUGGUCCUGAACAAAUGAAGAACUGAACCUAAAAUGUUGGUGUUGUUUGAUUAGUCAUUAUCGUAAUAUAUUUUCAAUUGUGAUAAAUGUGUAACCCAAUAAAUUGUGUCAUGUAAAAUGCUUA